AUGUACAAACAUCAAUCCUUAAAAUUAAGUAUACGAGCAAGUGCUAGUAGUGUGAUCAGUGAUACGAAUGCUAUUUGGGCUAAUCUUUUGAUUCCAACUUCUCGACCUCAGCACAGUAUUAAAAAAUUGGAAAAAAUUCACAGUGACUACAUGAAACUGAAGAAUCAUCGAAGUCGUGCAAAGACAUCGAAAAGACAACGAACAAAUGUGGAACAGUUUAGCAAACGUCUUAAUAAAUUAUUUGACAUUGCAAAUUGUGCUGCACUAAAAAAUUUACCAAAAAAUUUGCAGCAAUUUUUGACAGAUUGUCGUAAAGGAAAUAGAAAUAUCCAUCUACCAGCAAUUGACGUUAUACCAGAAGAAACUUCUGGAAAUCUGUCUGCGAUGGAAGUAGAAACUACCAAUAAUGAGGAAAUUGGAAUGAAAUUAUCCCAACAGUCGUCCUUAAAUAGUUUCUGUAGUUCCAUAUCAAAUUCCAGUGAAUUGAAGCGAACUUGUUCAGACUUUGAAGAUACAAUGCCAGCGCCUAAGAAAAAUAAAAUUGAUAUUCUGACUUCGGAAUUAGUAUUAGCACUAGGGAGAACUAAAACUAGUAACAGAAAUGCGAUGUACAUCAUUUCUGCUGUUAUUCAAAGUUUAGGACUUGAGAUUGAUAAAUAUAAUUUAAGUUACUCCACUAUUCGCAAUGCGCGUAUUUCAAAAAGAGAAGAAAUUGUCGAUACGAUCAAAGAAGAAGAAAUUUUUGAUGACUCUCUCGUAGUGCACUGGGAUGGAAAGAUGCUUCCUGCGGGAAAUGGUCAACCAAAAGCAGAACGAUUAUCAAUACACGUCACCGGAAUAAAUACUGAUAAAAAUUUAAAAACUCCGAUUCUCUCUGAUGGCACAGGUGAAAGCCAAGCUUCAGCCAUUUUUGAAACGCUGAUAGAGUGUGAUCUUUGCGAUAAUGUUAAAGCAAUGUGCUUUGAUACAACUAGUUCAAAUACCGGUUGUUUUAAUGGCGCAUGUGCAUUAUUAGAAGAUAAAAUUGGCCGUGACUUAUUAUAUCUUGCUUGUCGCCAUCAUACUUCUGAAUUGAUGUUACGAAAUGUUGCAGAAGUUGCUUGGCCAGUGACGAAUAGUCCAAAUGUACCAAUUUUCAAAAGACUCAGAGAUAAUUGGGAAAAAAUUGAUAAAUCUGCGUAUGAAAUCGGCACAGAGGAUAAAGAUAUUGCACUUAUUUUAAAUCAAAGAAAAGACGAUAUUCUUGACUUCAUAGAAAAUCAACUGAAGAAUCAUCAUCCGAGAAAUGAUUACAAGGAGUUUUUGGAGCUGAGCUGUAUCUUUUUGGGUGGUAUCAAAAGUCAUAGAGCCGAAUUUAAAGCACCUGGUGCUUUUCAUCACGCACGGUGGUUAUCGAAAGCUCUCUAUUGCUUGAAAAUAUAUAUGUUUAGAAACCAGUUUAAAAUGGGAGCAAACGAAAAAAAAAUUUUGCAGAAAAUAUGUGUUUUCAUCGUAAUAUUUUAUGUAAAAAUAUGGUUUACUGGUCCUAAUGCAAUAAAUGCUCCAAACUCGGAUUUGCAAUUAGUAAAAGAUCUUAUUGACUACAGAAAAAUACAUCUAGAAAUUGCAAAUGCAGCACUCGAUAAAUUGUCUCGGCAUUUGUGGUACUUACACGAAAAUCUUGCUUGUUUAGCUCUUUUGAAUGAAACUGUGCCAGUAGAAGAAAAAGUAACGUUCGUAAAAAAAAUAAAUUCCCAGGUAGCGGUCAAAAAGCCUAAUAAACGUUUAUCAGUCGCUUAUGAAGAAAUAACGUCGUUAUCUGAGAAAAACAUAAGCGAUUUUGUUAAUCCAAACUCGUUGUUUAUUUUUGAGCAAUUUGAGCUCCCCUAUGAAUUUUUGCAUACAGAUCCAAGUUUGUGGGAAUCAAAUCUUGAGUAUAAACGAUGUUAUGAUACAUUCAAAAAGUUAAAAGUAGUAAACGAUACUGCGGAAAGAGGAGUAGCGCUAGCCGAAAGUUUUAAUGAAGUAUUGACUUAUAACGAAGAUGAAAGACAAAGAAUUUUUCAAACUGUUCAGCACCAUCGAUCUCAAUACACAUCGUGUAAAAAAUCACAAUAUAUUGACAAUGAAUUAAUCUAA